AUCCCAAAAUUAAUUAGAAAGAGUAAAUCCCAUGAAGAGGCCUCCAAAGCAUCGGAAGAUGUACCAACCGCAACAGCAAGAGAAGGAAACCCUACUUGCCCCAACCCCAUCCUUGUCUGCUUGACCCGAGGGUAAACCCAAAACAAAAGUAAAUGAUACACGGACCACUCAGACGCGGCUUUGCCCCUCACUAAUUCUUUCCUUUCUUUCUACAUCCCAACCACCACGAAGCCAAGACUUAUGGUUCACACAUGAACAAACGCACAUGAUAAGCAGGAAGAGAUUUUAAAAAACACAAGGCUCGGGACUUGGGAUGCUAUAUAGAGCAGUGGCCGGCCAGGUCCAGAGCCACUCCAGAGGAUCAUGGCCUUGGGAGGGGACAUGAUGAAGACCGCCAUGUCGAAAGCUGUGGUCAUCAAGAUCAACCUCGCCUUCCUUGCCUUCUUCCUCGUUGCCUACGUCGCUCUCCUCUUUCAACCAUCGUUUCUCCGGGACGAGAAUGCCGCCUCCGUCGUCCGCUGCUCCUUGCGCGGUUGCCACAUGAAGAAGGUGGGAAAGGAAGUGAUGAGUAAGAAGGCAGCAGGGGAGAAGCGAGCAGCAUUGGAGAAGCCUCCAAGUUUCAUUCAAGGAUCGCAUGGGAACAUGACGAUCGGUUUGAUGAACAUGGAAGACGACGAGGUGAAAGAUUGGGGAGCCCUCGGGAGAAGUAUCGCGGUGGACUUCGAGCAAGUAUCGGAGUUGUUCGAAUGGAAGGACUUGUUCCCGGAAUGGAUCGACGAGGAGGAGGAGAACGAGGGGGCGACAUGUCCCGAGAUCCCGAUGCCGGACUUCUCGGUGUACGAGGAGAUGGACAUGGUGGUGGCGAGGCUGCCAUGCCGACGACCGGAGGAAGGUUGGGCACGGGAUGUGUUCAGGCUACAGACGCAGUUGGUGGCCGCGAACCUAGCCGUGAGGAGGGGGAGGAGGGAUGGGCGAGGGGUGGUGAAGGUGGUGUUCCUUAGUGCGUGCCGGCCGAUGAUGGAGCUUUUCCAGUGCGACGAUUUGGUAGGGAGGGAGGGAGAUUGGUGGAUGUAUGAAGCUCAGGCGGCGAGACUGGAGGAGAAGGUGACGAUGCCGGUGGGAUCUUGCAACCUAGCCUUGCCGUUGUGGGGAGAAGGAACCAACGAGGAGUAUGACGUGUCCAAGUUUGCGGUGCCGGUGAACCCCCACCGGCGGGAGGCCUACGCGACGGUCCUCCACUCGACGGACAACUACGUGUGCGGCGCGAUCAUGCUGGCGCAGAGCAUCCUGAAGACGGGCUCCACCCGCGACCUGAUCCUCCUCCACGACAAGUCCAUCCCCCAGCCGAAGCUCCAGGCUCUGGUGGCCGCCGGGUGGACGCUCCGGGAGAUCACGCGCAUCCGCAACCCCCACGCCCAGAAGAACUCCUACAACGAGUACAACUACAGCAAGCUCAGGCUAUGGCUGCUCACCGAAUACCACAAGAUCGUCUUCAUCGACGCCGACAUCGUCGUCCUCCGCAGCCUGGACCUCCUCUUCCACUUCCCCCAGAUGUCCGCCACCGGCAACGACGGCGUCAUCUUCAAUUCCGGCAUCAUGGUCAUCGAGCCGUCCAACUGCACCUUCCAAGCCCUGAUGGGACGGCGGGAGGACGUGAUCUCGUACAACGGGGGGGACCAGGGAUUCCUCAACGAGGUGUUCGUGUGGUGGCACCGGCUGCCGAGGAGGGUGAACUUCUUGAAGAACUUCUGGUCGAACAGCACGCUGGAGUCGAGCAUGAAGAACCACCUCUUCGCGGCCGAGCCGCCGAAGCUGUACUCGAUACAUUACCUGGGGCUGAAGCCAUGGCUGUGUUAUCGGGACUACGACUGCAACUGGAACAUCGACGACCAGCGGGUCUACGCCAGCGACGAGGCGCACCGGCGGUGGUGGAGGCUGCACGACCAGAUGGACGAGGGGCUGCGGGCCUUCUGCGGGCUCUCGCCGCAGAGGAGGAUCGAGCUGGACUGGGACCGGAAGAAGGCGGCGGAGAGGGGAUUUCCGGACGGCCACUGGAAGCUCAAUAUUUCGGACUGGAGGCGGAAUGUGUGAAGAGAGGGAGUGGGAGAGUGAGCCUCUGUUACUGUGAGCUGACAUCGAUCAUCACCUGGAGUUCGUUUCGUUGGAUUCCUUAAUUUGAUACGUACGUAGAACACUUUGUAUUCUUUGAUAGAUUUAUUUAUCUUUCAAGAGCUAGCUGGGGAUUGGGAGGGUUUCAAAUUUGUAUUGGGUUGCAUGUAUAGCAUCAAAUUGAUAAGAGGAAAUGAAUUGAGAAAUAACAGGAGAAAUCUCAGAAUAUAUGUAUAUAGUUUCGUCGAUUAUAUGGUAAGGAUAUGGAUUCAUUAAUCCUUUGUAGA